AUGUCUGCACCCCACGGUCAGAACUGUCACCCCCGCCGCCGCCCUCUUAAGGGAACAGCCUCUCCUCUCAGCAUCCAUGGCAUGCAACUUCGCAAGAGUGGCACUUUCUCGUCGCCAACACAAAUAUCAUCUGAUAUCUGCGACCUGGACCGACACUUCAUGCCCCGACGGUCGCCAACAAACACUGAAAGGCUAGAAGAACUCGUUCAAGAGACCAUCCAGGAUCCCAGCGUCCGUCGUGUAUCCAACCUGCUCAAAGACUUUGAGGCAAGAGUAGCUGGCCACAAGACCUCCAACACUGGUGCCAGCAUCCUCAGUGACCCUGACGUAUUUCCCGUCCCCAGCUUGUUCCUUGAUAACACUUCAAUGGACUGCACCCCAAUGGAGCUUGACGUCGACGUCUUCAAAUCAGCUGCGGCAGAACACGAUCACGCUUCCGAUAGCGGUCUGGGUACCAGCAUCGGUGAAUCGAAAUACGGUAAGCACAUUAUGCAGCCAUCCGGCUUAGAUCAGGGCGCCCCGCAUUCUAACAUAUAUAAAGACGAUAUCCGCACCCAGCGCUCCAGCCGUGAGUCCAUCAGCAGCUCUAUCAGUUCCACCCACUCGGCCAUCACACGAUCAUUCGCGGCUCUUGGGGCAUCCGACGAGGACCAUACGCUUGGCGAGUACGCGUGCAAGCAGAUUCACGACUCCAUCAUCAAGCCCAUUCUCGCCGAGGAUUCCCUGAAGGACUUCCACUCCCUAGUAAAAGACGUUCCCCGGCGUAUCGGCGAAAAGAACAUUCGCAACCUUCGUGACCUCGAGAAGACCCUCAUCUUCCUCGCACCUUACCUCUCCGAACAAGACCAGCGACUACCAUCGGAUCGCCCUUAUACUGACGGCUACUUCCUCGAUUUGAUGGAACAGAUUAGACGAUACGCCUCAAUCAUGGCUGCCACAAGAGAAAAAGAGGUCAAGGGAGAGGACCUCGACGACAUGGACUAUUCACGGUAUGACCUCGCCGAUGGCUACUUGUUUGGACGCACUAACAGACUGUUCGGUAGUGAUGAGAAGAUCACUCUUCGUGGCGGACUCAGCCACAACGGGCGUCCGGUUGAGCUGGUUCGCGAGAAGAACGGCAAAGUCGUUCCACUCGCUGACUCGCCUACCAUCAAGCGACGUUUUUCAGACGAGGACGAGGACGAGGACGAAGUCACUCGUUCUAUGGCGCGACGACGCAAGUCGGAGAAGCCAGGGGAUGUCAUGCACACUUGCCGUGACUGCAAGAAGCAAUUCAAGCGGCCAUGCGACUUAACAAAGCACGAGAAGACCCACUCUCGCCCGUGGAAGUGUUCUGAGAAGAACUGCAAAUACUACGAUCUCGGUUGGCCGACUGAGAAGGAACGUGAUAGGCAUAUGAACGACAAGCACUCUGCUGCUCCUGCACAGUACAAGUGCCUCUACCCGCCAUGCACAUACGCCUCCAAGCGCGAAUCCAACUGCAAGCAGCAUAUGGAGAAGGCACACGGUUGGGAGUACGUUCGUUCAAAGUGCAACGGUCGCAAGAAGGGUCCCACCAGCAGUGAUCGCAGCCCUGCUACCCCUCUUACUCCCUUCAUCGGUACACCCAUGUCUGCAAACAUGACUACACCCGUAACUCCAUACAUCCCUUCGCCUCAAGUACCAAUGAUGGAUUAUGGUUUUGGAACUCCAGCCAUGAGUGUAUACGACUAUCAAGACGAGUUCCGUCGUGAUUCUGUCACUACUGACGGCUCACACUUUACGUAUUCGUCUGAGCAGUCUCCCCUCGAGCCAACGUCGUUCGAGGACGCUGUCACUCCUGAUGACACUGCCAUCAACCAUGACGACGUCUACAACUGCAACUUGCUAAACUUUAAUACCAUCAAUACCGGUUUCCAGCAACCAACGCCCAUGAGCACUACGUUCGACUACGAACCGCUGCCAUUCACAACCAACAGCACCUUGAACACUGGCUAUACGCACCUCUCGCCGUUGGCUCAGCCUGACGUCACGCUCUAUUCGCCGCACAUGGAUGAGGGUUUCGGCGAUAUGGACAUGAGUAUGCAAGGCUUUAAUCGGCCGAUGGGGGACUUCACCUUGUUCGACACAUCGCCACCAAGCCAACUGCCACUCAACGGCACCGCAAACUUCUUUCCCGAUUUUAACCAGCUCGGCGGCCAAUUUGAACAAAUGUACGAACCGAGCACUACGUUGGAUGAUCUGAACUACAUGUACUUUUCGAACCAGCAGUAAUUUCCGCACUGCAUUGUAUACAAACAGCGGGCUUUUGUAUAACCAAUUUUUACACGAUUUUUCUCUUGCUUAUAGCGCAUUUCUGUACUUAGCUGGACUUUUUGCCGUCGUAUUGCGAUCUGCGAUUACGAUUGACACGACAAGAGGAGGAACUGGAAGCACGGGCAUGUGUUCACGGCCGUCUUCACCCUAUCAUUGGCGUUAUGUGGCACUUCGAACAGAACGAAAACUCCACAAAAAAACAAAUGACGUUUGUUUGAGCGGGUUCUUCUUGCGACUGAUUUUGAUCUCCCCCCUUCUCCUUCUUGGUUAUACGGAGUCUCAAGGCUGUGGUAGAGGUCAUCAGAUAGUGUAGGAUACAAUAAUAACAAUGGUGGAAA